AGGCAUUUCUUAUCUUCACAGCACCCAGUUAUGCUCUGCACCGUCGGGUCUCAUGCAUUCGUGACACGCAAUAAUAAUAAAAACAACACCGGUGCAUCUGACACAUAAUUCGGCAGGAAAGGAGUUUGUUUUGUACUGUUGCGCAUGCGCCUCAACUUCAGACAGGUGUGGAGUCCACACAAUCCACUAUUAUCCGCUGCGGGAGAAUGCGCACUGCAACCAUUGCGGCUGACCAACUCAUGCACGCUGCUUCGCAUACUGCGCGACGCGGCGGAUGCAGAAGCUUCUCUUGAGCCGUUCGUGAUGGUGGUUGCUUCGUGGGCUGUUUCGCCGUCACCUCUGGCAAGGCCCUUGGACGUCGUUCACCUUCCGUUUUCCCUAUUUCCUUUGCCCCCAAGUCUCCUUAGCACAAAAGGAGACAGCGAACAUGAACGUGUGGGGUACUCCGUUUUUUCGAAGACGGCGUGGCUGGUGUUGGAAAUAAAGAAAGCCCUUUCUUCCGAUCCGUGCUAUGGUGUCAGUCGUCCACCGUCAAGCUCAUCAGUCGCAGUAGACGGAGCACCGUCUGAGAAGCGUGGCACUCGUCGUCGAGCGUUACGUCUUCGGCUUGGUACUUUGCUUUACGCACCGACAUGGAAGUUUCUCUUUACGCGUCAGAGCAAUGAUGAAGCGACAGAAUCCGUUGAAUAUGUUGCUGCUGCUGCAGCAGAGGGUGAAGAGCCUUUACAUUCAGCUUUAGUAGCGAAUGUUAAUACAGGUAAGCUUAGUGCGAACAAACCGACGACGACGGCAGAUCGUGAAGCCUUUGCCGUUCUCUUUCCCGCUCUUCACCACGGCCGCUACUAUGCCACGCCGCAGGAAUUCGCGCAGCACUGCCUCUACAGCGACGAUCACUUGCUGUGGUGUGAAAACGAGCCGUUGAUGACGGUGGAAUUGGAGUCAGAAGAAGUGGAAGCAGAACCGUUUGUGGACUGCGGCGAAACCAAAGCGCAUGCCGUGAUGGGUGCUUUGAAUGUAGGUGGCUGUACGAGGGGUGUGAGGGGCACGACCGACAGAGUUGUAAGCUCCUUUCGUUUCUCAAACCCAUCACGCAAGCGCCGUCGCGCCUGGCUUGCGCAGCUUCGCGGUAUGUUUCAACGACAUGAGUCGCCUGGUAGACAUCGUCGGUCUUUGAGCUCCUCCACCUUUCUCAGCAACAAUGCGUUCGGCGUUGACCACCCUUUCCAGCCCACCACUGUCCCGAUGGGCAACAGUCUUCUUUGCAAGACUCACUGCGCCUACGUGUUAAGUUGCUCUUCAGAUGAUGAGACUGGCCCGGUGAUGGACACAUCGAGCGCGCCUUCCCUUCCUCAACACCUACCAUUAGCGGGAAAAGUCGAUGACGAUGCCUUCGCAACGUGGUACGGCGUACUGCGUUCCGCGUGCCGCGGCGAGUGCACCGCUCUCAUGGAUGUACUAGAGACAACGGCAACGGUGGGGUCUGCAGUGGCGGGUCAAGUCAGAGAAGCCGCCGUGGAGCUGCUCCUUCACGGAAUUGUCACCUCCCUCGCGCUGUGGUGCAGCCAGCAUGUAUCUGCCGUGCAUGCCGCUAUAUUGAAGAAUGUCGAAACUGUCGCUGCGCUGUUGCGAAGAUGGUGGGACAGUUUUGUGUCCGAAACAGCGGCCCAGCCCACGCAGGCAACUCUGCCUCGUGAGAUGCUCGCGGAGCGUCGCCUGGUUGCUUCCUCUGUCUCGAAUGUCCUACAAUGGUGUUUGCCACCAGCGAACCGACUUUUUCACCUGCCUCAGAACAGAAACGGGGAAGUUGCGUCGCCUAACGAAAUGACGGAGCAGUCGCUGUCAAUGGUGGCAGUGCCGUCAUUCUUGUCAACUCUGACCGUGAGGUGUGCCGCCGCCAUUACGCGUCAUCAGCGGUGCGUAGAUCGGGCGCAACUGUGGUCUUCAACCUCCAACGACCUGUCAGACAACGAGCAAGUGAAAGCUUGUCAAGAGACUUCGUUGGAAACACCUCAGCAACGCUCUUUAACAGGUACACCGCAUAUCAGCAACGAAGUCACUGUUGAUGGUCGCAAAAGCACCCCGACGGGCUCUCUGCCUAUGUCAUCGGAAGCCGGUUGCAAGGAGAUAAAUCGUCUUUCCCCACAAGAAAGUUGUCAGCGGCGUGAUAAUUUUGUGGCGUGCAUGGACCUGGUGCUGCAACUUUUGUUUGAGGAGCAGGAUGCCCUUUUCACUACGGCAGUAGAGGAAAGGCCGUAA